AUGGUGCUUCAUUUGCAUGAGUGGCCCUCACCCCCACCCGCAUCAGCUAAAAAGCCGAAGAAGCGAUAUUCCCAGUCCGCCGCAGCCUCGGGCUGGCUAACCGGAGACUCGGGCCAACCUCGCCGGUCCAGCUCCCUAACCGCUUCCUCUCCACUGCUGCCGGGCUCCUCGUCAGUUCGUGUGUGUGUGUGUGUGUGUGAGGGGAGGAUCUGUCAGUUCUCCUUCUUUCUCUUUGCGCCGGCUUUGAUCCUGCUCUCCAAGCCUUGGCUGGCCUCGCUAACAGCAGCUGAGCACAGGUCCUUCUCCACUCCCACUAAGAACACACAUUCGCCGCCACAGUGGGAUGAUGCUGGUGAACACGCGCACACACUUUUCUGCUCCGCUCACUCCCCCUUCUCCUCGCCAGCACGCUCCAGAAUCAGUGAGAGCGGGCCUGGCCGUCAUUUUUUCCGCGAGUUAUUGAAGCUAAUCGCGUUCACCUCGCCCGGCACAAACUCUAACCCGCAAACAGCUCGCACCGCGGGCGACUCGGCCGAUGGUUCCGUGAGAGAGGAAUUUGUGCCCGCACGGUGCCGUGCUCGGGUCGAGCGACGGCACCAGCGCGACGCCUCACAAAGGCCGGCCUUUGUGAGGCCUGUUUGUCUUCGUACUUCCCACUUUAUUGCGAGUCGGUGCGCGCGACCCGGUGCUCCUCUGGCAGGGGGGGGGGAGGACAGGGCGGGACUGGCUGAGGACUCCGUGACUCAGUGCACCAACCGGGGAGCUCUUGCAAAACGAGCCCUCGGUGGGCUGGCCGGAUGCCCGGAGGCUCCCCGCAGAUCGGGGCGGCAGGCCGGGCGAGAGGAGCGCCGUCCCUCCGGUCGCCUGCGCGCCACGUGUCGCGGUCUCCAGCAGCUGGAGGUGCGCGUGUGCGCGCCCUUGAAGACUGCGGGGCGACCACAGGCGGGAAGGAGGAGGAAAAGGGAGGAGGAGGGAGGGAGGGAGGGAGGGGGAGGAGGAGGAGGAGGCAUCGGUGUGAUCGUUCAGCGGGCUCCGCUGCUAAUGCGGAAACGGCGCGCGGACGCAGGGCUCGAGGCAGUUUCCCCGGCUGCGCCCUGGACCCGAGCCGCGCGCGCCAUUGGCCGCCGGCUCCGGGCGGCCGGACAGCCAAUGGGAGGGCGCCGACCACGAGCCCGUCCUCCCCUCGGGCCGCGUGUCCCUCGCCCUGAUUGGCUGAAAGUUACUGUGGGAAAGAAAGUUUGGGAAGUUUCACACGAGCCGUUCGCGUGCAGCCGGAGAUAUAAAUACGAGCCACACGCGGAGAGCCCGACAGAGACGGACUGCCCCCCCCAGCCGCCGGUAGCCGCUGCGCGCGCCGCUCUGACGGAUUUCUAA